CAAAAGUUAGUUCAGCUGAUUCUGCAGAUCCACAUAUAAAAAUUACAAAAACCCACACUGCAUUUGUUUAUAACCAUAUUUUUUUCUUUUUUUUUUUUUAAAUAAAAUACUUACAUUAAUAUGUAUAAGUAUAUAUAAAUAUAUUUACAUCUGAAUCUUUAAUUAGGUUUUAAGACAUAAAACUAAGUAAUAUAGUUAAAUUUAUUAUUGAUUAUAAUAAUAAUUGUAUAUAAAAUAUAAAACAAUAAUGAACGAGGAGGAGCAUCAGAAAUCAUUUAUAAAACAUUUAACAGCAAAGGAACUAUUGGAAUCAAAUAGUUUGAGAGCACGAGUUUCAAAUGAAUUCGAACAAGUAUCGAAGGUAUUACCUAAAACUGGAGUUAAAUUAUUUCAACCAAAUGGGUCAUGGCUUCAAAAUCGACAAAUAAAUGCAUGUUUGGAAGCACAAAGAGAUUUAAUAAAAGUUGAACGAGUUAAAAAAUUGUCUAAAUUAGCGGUCGGAGAAUGGUUGCCCCAAGAAAAACGUGUUAAAGUAAUUAAAAGAUCUGGUAUUGAUUGGAAUAAUUAUGGAUGUGAUCUUCGUGGUACUUUAUAUUUAAAUCCUGAAGAAGCUUUGUUACAAUUAGAAUUGAAUUGUUUGGAUUUAAUUUACAAUCAUGUCUCACUAUCAAUACAACAAGCUUAUGAAUUACUUAUCAAUUCACCAAAUUCAGACUGUACAUUGGAGGAAUAUAGAGUAUAUAGUCAAUUAGCGAAAUUGGGAUAUCGUUUGAAAAGAUUUUAUUAUCAAAAUUCGAUAAAUGAAAAAUUAGAUGAGUGUACAAGUGUACCAAAAAAAAAAGUCAUAAUUGAUCCUGAAAGUUGUCAAUGGAUGACCGGUGUUUCAUUAAAUGAUAAAACAAAUAAAAAUCUAAAUAAAGAUGCUAAAUUUGUUAUAAAUAGUAUUAUUGAAAAAAUUGAAAUUCAAGAACAGAAAUUAAAAGUUGAAUGUGAUGAAAAUGUUGUAAAUAAAAUUGAUAAUGAUGUCAAAGAUAAAGGUAAACGUCGAUUAAAUAUUGUUUCGGUUGAAACAAUGGUAGAUCCAGUUAAAUUAGUUGCAACUACAGUUAAAAAUACAAAUAAAGAAUCUGGUUCAUCUAUUGGUAUUCGUAUACAACGUAAUGUUAAACUUUUACCAAAACGAACAGAUAAAGUAAUUAUUUCUUCUUCUUCUUCAUUGCCAUUAACAUCGUCGUCGUCGUCGUCGUUAUCGUCUUUUUCUAAUUCAAAUACUGAUUUAUCGGCUCAGAUUAAAACAUCUGAUAAGGAGUUGAAUAGUAAUAAUGAUAAAAAUAAUCAACUAGUUUCAGCUGAUAAAAGAAAAAUGAAUAAUAUUGAUUUAUUAGUACCAUCAUUACCAACGACAUCUUGUACGUUUCAAUCACCACUACCAGAAGCAUCGGUUGUACCAGUUAAAAAAUUUAAGAAAAAAAAGAUUGAAUCGUCAGAUGAUGAGAUUGAAGAAAUACCAAGAACUCUGACUAGAAUGGAAAUGUUAAAUAGCUUUCCUAAUUUAGCGUCUAAAGAUUCGAUUGUAGUUAUAACUGAUCGUAAAUACAUUCCUCAUAAUAUAAAACCAGUAAAAGCUGUACAUACUUAUGAUAAAUUCAAUUCAAAAGAUAAUAAUAAUAAAAAUAAAUCAUGUAAUUCAAUUAUUCCAAUUGAUAGUUAUAACAAAUCAAAACCUCCAAACACUUUAUUAGAAUCAAAUCGUUGCUCGAGAAAUAAUAAUAAUCGACAUUUACAUAAUCAAAGUGGAGCUAAUAAUAAUACGAAUACUUAUAGUAAUAAAACGUUAAAUAAUUUCACUCAUCAUGGAGUUGCUACAGAUUAUUCAAUAAAUUCAAAUCAACAACAAAACAUAAUGUCAUCAAAUCGAUGGUCAUCAUUGCAUGUUAAUUUUUUUAAGAAUAUUGCUAUGGCAACAUACGCAUUACGUGCAUCAAUAACACAAAAUAUAACAAAUAUUUAUCAGCAAUCAACAAUUUACAACAUGGAACAAUUUUUUGGUCAACACAAUUCACGUUUUUUUAAUCCUUCAAGAGCUUUUAAUUAUCAUCAAAAAUCUAAUAUGCCUAUUUAUUAUAAUAGUAAUAAAGUAAAAAUAAAAAAUACUGAUGAUAAUAAUCCUAACAAUAAUAAUAAUGAUAAUGAUAAUGACGAUUAUUUUGAAUUUAAAUCAUCGUUUGAUAAAAUUCCGGCUAAUUCAUGGUCAGAGUUAAAGAAAAAAUGGAAAGAAGCAAAAACAAUAACUAUUGAAGAUGAUAAUGAUGAAAUAGACUGCUGUCAAGUUGAAGUUGUUAAUAAAACUAUACAACCACUUGUUGGUGCUAAAUAUUCAUCAAAUUUAAAACAAAUUUAUGAUAGAUUAAAAAUAAUAAAACCAGCUCAAGAAAAAAUAGUAAGAAAGAAAAGAGGCUAUCAUAAAAUUUCAUACAAAGUUUACUCAAAUACUCAACUUUAUAGAAAAGCAAGUCCUGGUCCUGCAAUGUUUCAUUUAGUAAUAACUAGCCAAGAAAAUAAUAAUUUUAUACAACCAAUUGAACUUAAUAGACUUUAUCAGGAUGGAGAUGGAAUAGCUAUUGUUUUUGCUUACGUUGCCGGUGCAUCAAUAUCUUUUAUGCAAGCUGGUAUUGUUUCAUUACCUAAUUUUAAUGAUUAAUUACUUAAAUUAUUUAAAUAAUAAUUAUACUGUGAAAAUAAUAAAAUGUUAAAAUAUCUAUUUAUUUGAUAUAUAUAUAUAUAUAUAUUAUUAACAUCAAGUAUUUGUAUUGGUGUGAGUGGAUGAUUUAAUAAAUAUUUA